UCCAAAGUCAGUCUUCAAAACUGCAGAAUAUAGCGCUCGAUAAGGCCCUGUACACUUGUUCUAAAACACAAUAAAGACGGAUCUAAUAUAACUGAUCGCAUAGCAGAGCACCCAGACUAGCAUGACAUUCUGACACGUGUCUUUUAAAAAAACAACCUCAAAGUUAAUCGUUCACAAAGUGCAUAACACGUGCACAAGUGAUCCGGACAGGUCGUUUCCCAGCGCUAUGAUUGACGAUGCGCGGAGGGGAUAUAAAAGCGAUCUCGGCGCACAGAAGGCACAGAAUCAUGAAGCUUAUUCUCCUGGCAUUGCUGUUCGGCUGCGCGGUGGCUUCCCUCCCCAGCGACGAUGACAAGAUAAUUGGGGGGUACGAAUGCAGACCCCACUCCCAGCCCUGGCAGGUGUACCUGACCUAUGACAGCGGGAACCGCUGGUGCGGGGCGUCCCUCAUCAGUGAGUGGUGGGCGGUGUCCGCUGCUCACUGCUCCAUGCACCCCAGUCGGUUGACAGUUCACCUGGGAGAGCACGAUAUCUCCAGCUCCGAGGGGACGGAGCAGCACAUACCCGUUGCCAAGGCGAUCAAUCACCCUGGUUACGACGAGGGCACCACUGACAACGACUUCAUGCUGAUCAAGCUGCAGCGGCCCGCCCAGUUCAACCAGUACGUGCAGCCCAUCAGACUGGCCUCCAGCUGCGCGCCGGCAGGGACCCCGUGUCUGAUCUCCGGCUGGGGAAACCUUAUCACCAGCGGAGUGAACUACGCGUCUCGUCUGCAGUGCUUGGACGCCCCGAUCCUGAGCGACGUUGAGUGUCGGGGGUCGUAUGGAAGCUUGAUCACCGACAACAUGUUCUGCGCUGGCUUCCUGGAGGGGGGCAAGGAGGACUCGUGCCCGGGUGAUUCUGGGGGUCCGGUGGUCUGUGACGGGGAGCUGCAGGGCGUGGUCUCCUGGGGGUACGGCUGUGCCGUCCCAGACUUCCCGGGGGUCUACGCCAAGGUGUGCCGCUACAACGACUGGGUGACGGAAACCAUCGCCAGGAACUGAGGCAGGAACUCGAUACAAUAAAAAAUACACUGAGCUAGAG